AUGGAAGGUAUUCCAAAAAAGCACGGUGUUGAUUCAGCUCCACUUGCCAGAAUUGAUUCCAAUGUCUACGAGAACUUUCCAAACCUAAUUCAACAUUCUCAUAGCAUUGUUAGAUUAGCCGCCAGCAGAGAAUUCAGCACCUCAAGUAACGACGAGUUUUAUGAAGCGUCGCCAGUAUUAAAGGAGGAGGAAGAUGUAUACUUCCCUACUUUGUUAGACGAAACAAAUUACCCUUUUGUGGCUGUCGCCAUCCAACCACAUAUGAGAGAGCCGUUAGUUGAUUGCGCAUUGAACUUACAAGAAAUUGUCACUACAAAAGUACACGCUUUCCCAUUUGGAAACGAUACAACAACCACCGACGAAUUGGCACUAACCAGAAUCUUCGAAUUUGAAAUGGGCGAUAACCAACAAAAACCUUCGUGGUGGUCGCCGCAAAAUCCGUGGUCAGAAUAUAUUAAUCACACACCAAAUGUUCCUGCUGAAUUUACACAGGAAGACGUAUAUUUAGAUCAAGUAUUUAGGGAUAUAUAUCUUUCCUAA